GUGUUGGGAAAAGAAAAGGAAAAUAAUAAAAAGGAAGCUGAAGACUUUUCUCUCAUCUUACCAAAUAAGCAGAUGGAGGAGGAAGAGCUCGGUAACGCAGUGACACCAAGAGCCAAGAAAGACGUUGCUCCAGGGAGGGUGGUCGAUACCUAUGCGGCACAAUGCGAUACUUGUCACAAGUGGAGAGUGAUUGAUAGCCAGGAGGAGUACGAGGACAUCAGGAGUAGAGUGCUGGAGGACCCUUUUACCUGCGAUAAGAAGAAACAAGUCUCUUGCGAAGACCCUGCUGAUCUUGACUAUGAUUCCUCUCGAACCUGGGUCAUCGACAAGCCUGGUAUCCCCAAAACUCCCAAAGGUUUCAAGAGGAGCCUUGUCCUCAGAAAAGACUACUCCAAGAUGGAUACUUACUACAUUACUCCAGCUGGUAAGAAGCUGAGGAGUCGCAAUGAAGUCGCAUCCUUCAUCGAAACCAAUCCAGAGUUCAAGGAUGCACCGCUUCGAGACUUCACUUUCACUGUCCCAAAGGUCAUGGAAGACACUUGUCCUCCUGAUGCUAAGCUUGCCUCUCCUGCUGUUACUACUACUGAUGAUGUUUCAGAGAAGAGCUUCAAACCCAAUCCAUUCAAAGGAUAGUUUUUUUUGUAGAUUUGCUUUUCUUUCUUGUGAACAAGCUCUCUGCUCUCUCUCUCUCUCUCUAAUAACGCUAGUAGUUUUUAGAGGCAAAACAAAAUGUUAAUACUUUUUAGUUUUAUUUGGAUCGUUGUUACACAAUAGCA